AUGCUACCCUCUCUCCGCGGCCCUCAAACCCUUCUGGGCAAAGUCGCCCUCUUCUCCCUCCUCUCCUCAACAACACCACCAACAUCAGCCUUCAACCUUCUCCCAAACGACCUCAACCAGACCCCAUUAGGUGGUGGUCCCAACAACCCCCCCUUCGACAUCCGCGAAGCCACCAUCUCCUCCAUCCACAACGCCCUCUUCACAGGUCUAACAACCUGCCACGCCCUUAUUUCUUCAUACCUCGCCCGCAUCGAAGCCUUCAACCCCUCCCUGCACGCCAUCUUGUCACUUAACCCUCACGCGCUGGACAUCGCGUCUUCCAUCGACGACCAAUUACUCCAACUCACAUCCGGCAACUUCACCACCUUAAGCAACCAACCCCUUUUGUGCAUCCCCGUUUUACUGAAAGAUAAUUUUGAUACGGAGGAAAUGCCAACAACAGCUGGCUCCCUCUCCCUCUCCCACAAUUUCCCCAAAAACGACGCGCCGACAGUGGUUGCCUUGAAGCAAGCAGGCGCGAUUAUUCUGGGAAAGACGAAUAUGCAUGAGUUUGCUCUUGAAGGCAUAUCCGUUUCUUCAUUAGGUGGACAGACUAGCAACCCCUACGACCACACACGCACACCGGGUGGAAGUUCGGGAGGGACGGGGGCGGCGAUAGCAGCUAAUUUUGCGGUACUGGGGACGGGCACCGAUACGGUUAAUAGCUUGAGAUCGCCGGCGAGUGCGAAUAGUUUGGUUAGUUGGAGGCCUACGAGGGGAUUGGUAGACCGAAAAGGGGUGGUGCCGGUUGGGUGGACGCAGGAUGCUGUUGGUGGGAUGGCGAGGACGGUGGAGGAGUUGCGGGUUUUGAUGACUGUUAUGUCUAGUGCUGGGAGUGGUGGUGAUGGGGACUAUAAAUGGGAUAAUACCACGGCACUAGUACCCCCUGAGAUUAAAGGGAAAGAUUACAGCCAGGCAUUAUACUCCGGUUUAGGAAAACUGGAUGGACUUAGACUGGGGGUUUUGGAUGGGUUUUGGAAUCAUACCGCUGGCGAAGAAACUACGCCCGUCAACGAGGUUAUGGAAAGGACGCUGAAAAGGUUGGAAGCAGCUGGUGUGCGACUGGUUAAUAUCACUGACCCCGUUUACGACGCGGUGACGAUAGCGGCGAAGUUGGAUGUUCAGACUUUUGAGUUUCGCGAGGGGCUGGAUGAUUAUUUGAGGAAAACCACCUACGCUGACGAGACGGGCAACAGCACCGGCAUCAUCACUGACGGACCAAGAAGCUUCAGCGACAUCUAUACCCCCAACCAAAAAUCCUUCCUCGUCCUCCCCUCCCAAUACUCCUACAUCCGCUCCGCCUUCAACCGCUCCACCUCCUCCCCCGAGUACUUUGUCCGCCAGCACGGCAUCACGCAACUAAAAACCACCUUGGCCCAAACUUUUUCUUUUCAAAGGCUUGACGCGAUAAUCUACCCCGAGCAAAAAAACUUGGUAGUAAAAAUCGGUUCCCCCUCGCAGAGCGGGAGGAACGGGAUAUUAGCUGCGCUGACGGGUAGCCCUGUUAUUACGGUGCCUGUGGGAUUUUCAGAGGCGAAGCAGGAUGCACCAGUGGGAGUCCCCAUUGGGAUGGAGAUUCUCGGAAGGCCGUGGACGGAUGAUUUGUUGUUGGGGAUUGCGGAGCAUGUGGGUGAGGCGUUGGGGCCUGUGAGGAGGAUGCCGGUGGGACAGAAGGGAUCGGGGCUGGAAGGGUUGGAUAAGGUUGUAGAAGUCAAGGGGGAAGGGUAUGAGACUGUGCCGGUUGUGAAGGUGGAUGAGUUGGGUGGGAAUAUUCCUGGGAUUUAUCAUUUGGGGGUUUACUGA